CAAAAAGUGGAAUUACACAAACUGGCAAUGACGGAGGUGCCGACUUACAUGCAUUUGGCCGACUGGCCGAUUUGGCCGACUUCCCCCGAGCGGAGCCACUGUGAUGCGCUUAUACAGAGAACGGACGGAUCAAGUAUACGUCUAUAAAAUCCUCAUGACUUGGUAUACCAAUUCUAAGGAUUUAUUUUUUCAGUUCAAUUACAUAGCUCUCUCCAGGGUUCUUGUUAGAGCAUCCUACUACACUUUGACAUUUACAACCUUGCUAGCAUGGCGCAUACUGCUCAAAGCUACUCGUCCGCCAGCUUACUGGACGCUGUCAAGCAAGCCAGAAAUAUUGAGCUUCCAGACACUGAGUGGCCAGGCUCUCCGCUGCCCGACAUCUUGAAGUUGGCUUUCCUCAUCGCCAAGCAGCACCCGCGAGAAUCUGAUGCUCUCCAAGAAGUCCUGGAUCGCUGCACAACAGCAGUAGAUUUUGGUGGACUAGGAUUAUCCGCUGAAAAAGCUCUGACUGACGGAGAUGUCGCAGAAGUCGCCUUCUUCGUCACCGCCCAUCUUGAAGCCCUAAAUUACCAGGACCGGCACGCUGCGAAACUAGCUGCCUUCACCUCGAGACCAGCAGCCCGUCGAGGUAUGACCUUGGCCGAAAAGAUAUUUGCCGCGCAUGAUGUCAGCCGUAAAGGCCAAGUACAGCCUGGGGAUGUCAUCCGUCUGGAUGUCGAUUGGGUCAUUGCCUCUGAGUUGUCCUGGCACGGCAUGUCCAAGACUUAUGAUGCCAUGGGAAAGCCUGGCAUAUUCCGAAAUGACAGACUUUGGAUCGCUGGUGAUCACGUCGUAGACCCUCGCGUCAUGCAAGUGCCCAAAAUCAAGGCACUUGUAGAGUCAAGUGAGAAAGCUAGACAAGUCUUCAAGUUGACAGAGUACCAGGGCAUGAACUACACCAUUAUGCAUACUGAGUUCUGUCGGGAGCGGGCACAGCCGGGUAUGCUGAUUAUCGGAUCCGAUUCUCAUACGUGUUCUGCUGGAAGUGUGUCUAGUCUCGCCAUCGGCCUUGGAGUCGCAGACGUAACGCUACCGUUGAUUACGGGAGAGACCUGGAUCAAGGUUCCCGAGACGGUAGAGAUUCGUUUCAUCAACAAGCCAAAACCAGGGCUCGGCGGGAAGGAUGUCAUUCUUUACAUCUUGAAAGAACUGAAGCGAAAUACCGUUGCGGCAGACCGAGUCGUGGAGUACACUGGCCCUGGCAUGCAGCAUCUGUCCUGUGAUGCCCGCUUUGCCAUCUGCAACAUGACAACAGAAUUUGGUGGUGUCACCGGCAUUUGCGUACCUGAUGCCAUUACAGCCGAUUUUAUUAAUCGUCGCAAACAACUGAAACACAAGCGUGAUGCUCUAUAUUACCGCCCAGACGACGAUGCACAGUAUGCUGAGACUUACAUCAUUGACCUCGAUAAAGUCGAGCCGUUCGUAGCACGCUACCCGAGCCCUGACGACGUUGUUCCCAUCAGUGAGCUACAGGACACUGCAUUGGAUGGUUGUUUUAUUGGAGCAUGCACUACCGCCAGAGAGGACCUUGUCCUGGCUGCCCUUGUUCUAGAAGCCGGUCUCAAACGCGGUAUGAAACCCGUUGGCCAUGGCAAACGCAAAGUUGUUCCUGGCUCUCGUCCGAUCAUGCAUGAGCUAGAAGAGCUUGGUCUGGCAGACAUUUAUCGGUCCGCGGGCUUUGUCAUUGGUGUACCUGGAUGCAGCUAUUGCGUUGGCAUGUCCGCCGACAAAGCCUCCCCAGGUGAGGUCUGGAUAAGCAGCCAGAACCGCAACUUUGAGAAUCGUAUGGGCCCAGGUUCAAUUGGCCAUGUCACCACCGCAGUUACUGUGGCUUCCAGCAGCUUUGACAUGAAGAUUCAAGAUCCAUCUUCGCUAUUGGAAGAAAUUGACACUGUCCGUCUAUACUCGAUUCUUGGUCGUGGUGCUUCAAAAGCUCGCGAAGUUCAAUAUGUUGAACCGCCCGCCGUACAAGAGACCACAGCCCAAGUCAGCGGUACAGAAAAUAGCGAGCUACAGUCUACAGUUUCAAAGUCACACAGGAUCAUGGGUAAAGUCCAAACUCUCGGUGACUUCAUCGAUACUGACGCCCUGGCUCCUUCGGAAGCCCUCACAACCGCCAGAACCGCCGAGGAAUUUGGUAGCUACUGUCUAUACCACACCCAUCCUGAGUUUCGUGCUCGCGUGAAGGAAGGGCUCAAUAUUGUGGUCGCCGGCCGCGGCUUCGGCGUCGGAUCGUCGCGUGAAAAUGCCGUGACAGCGCUUCAGGGCGCCGGGGUGCAGUGUGUGAUAGCGCGCUCCUUUGCCUUCAUCUAUGCUCGAAAUCAGCCCAAUCUUGGCCUCUUGGGCAUCGUCAUGGAACAUGAUGAAUUCUACACUCUGGCCACUAACGGAUGCGACAUUGAGAUUGACGUUGACGCUAGACUGGUUCGCGUCCAAGAGCGCGAGUUUGGAUUCAAGCUUGCGCCUCUGGAGGUGCGGCUCUGGGAACAAGGUGGCAUUGGAGCGGCUUUCCAGCAAUGGGGCAAAGGAGUAUUAGCAGCCAUGACGGGAACCAAGGCAACAGGUAAGGGUUUGGAGGGACAAACUGAAAGUGAAUUAGCUUGGUAGAGCCUUAGUAGGUAUCAACAGUCAAACACAUGUCCAUUCUGUAAUUUCUUUCAAACUAGUAAUUAUGUCAUCAAAUAAAGACAAAUAGUCUAUUAAUCAUCUCUCAUCUCCGCUACUCUACCAAGUCAUUUAAACACCACUCUUAUACAGCUUGCCGCCGGCCGCCACAUCAAAUUCAAUUGCCUCCUUCAGACCACAAAUACCAAAUACAUCGCGUACGGUUGCUCCCUCUGCUUUUUCUACAUCUCCUGUCUUCCUCAACUUCUCACAAGCCUCCGCAACGCCCUUAUACACCGGCCCCAGCGCCAGCCCUGGGUAAAUCACCAUGCGGAAGCCAUCCUCUUUGGCCUCCGCAGCUGUAUAAUGCGGCGUGACUCCUCCUUGCACCAUGUUCAAAAGAACAGGCUUCGGCGCAAGAUCCUUGCAAAUCUGUCUUCCCUGCUCUUUUGUCUCGAUGCCCUCGAGGAACGCAACAUCGGCGCCAAGAUCCAAGGCAAGGCGCAGCCUCUUGAGCGCCGCGUCAUACCCAGAGCCCUGGAGGGAAUCCGUCCUCGCAAUGAUGACAAUAUCACGUCCUGACUUUGUACGGGCAUUCACACACGCCCGGAUCCGCGUACACC